GCGACUUUCAGUCAAUAAAACUGUUAUCGGACUUAUUUGUGUAUUACAAUAUUAUUAUCAUAGAAGGAAGAAGUGUAAAGAGAUUUUUCUCGCGAACAUGAGUACGAAUACAAAAAGAACUAUUUAUGUGGGAGGCCUAGCCGAAGAAGUCGAUGAGAAAAUAUUACAUGCAGCAUUUAUACCUUUCGGUGAAGUCGUUGAUGUACAGAUACCACUGGAUUAUGAAUCAGAGAAACACAGAGGAUUUGCUUUCAUUGAAUUUGAAAGUGCUGAGGAUGCAGCAGCUGCAAUUGAUAAUAUGAAUGAUUCUGAGCUGUUUGGGAGAACAAUAAGAGUAAACAUUGCAAAACCGCAAAAGAUAAAAGAAGGUUCCUCAAAACCUGUUUGGGCUGAUGACACCUGGUUGCAAGAACAUGCAGGUGAAACUCUCAAAAGCGAUGACAAUGCUAAGUCAGGUGAAGUGGUACAGUCUAAAAAGGGAAAGCAAAAUCCUCAAGUCUAUUUCGAUAUCAGUAUUGGAAAACAAGAACUAGGCAGGGUUAUUAUGAUGCUACGGGCUGAUGUGGUGCCGAAGACUGCUGAAAAUUUUCGUGCUCUAUGCACUCAUGAAAAGGGAUAUGGCUAUCAAGGAAGCACUUUACACAGAAUUAUUCCAGAUUUUAUGUGUCAAGGAGGAGACUUCACAAACCACAAUGGAACAGGGGGCAAGUCAAUCUAUGGAAAUAAAUUUGAUGAUGAGAAUUUUGAAUUAAAACACACAGGGCCUGGUACUUUGUCGAUGGCAAACUCUGGUCCAAACACAAAUGGAUCCCAAUUCUUUAUGUGUACAGCUCGCACAGAUUGGUUAGAUGGAAAGCAUGUUGUAUUUGGACAUGUACUUAGUGGUUUAGAUGUUUUGAAAAAAAUCGAAAAAUGUGGAACAAAAUCGGGCACCCCUACACAAAAAGUAGUUAUAACAGCUUGUGGAGAAUUAACUUAA